GAGAAGAUGGCGGAAGCGGUGUGAGCGGCUUGUCCGAGGCUGGACAAACACUGCACAGCUAUGGAGAAUGAACCAAACACAACAACAUGUUCUACAUCUACCACUACUAUCACUACCACCUCCACUUCCCGGACACAGCUCCCGCAGAUAUCUGUCUACAGCGGCUCUGACAGGCAUGCUGUCCAGGUUAUUCAGCAGGCCUUGCAUCGUCCUCCUAGCUCAGCUGCUCAGUACCUCCAGCAGAUGUAUGCAGCCCAGCAGCAGCAUCUAAUGCUGCAAACUGCUGCUUUGCAGCAGCAGCACUUAAGCAGUACCCAAUUUCAGAGUCUGGCAACUGUACCACAGGCAAGCCUGUCAGGUGGGAGGCAGUGUACUUCCCCCACUGGGAGUGUCACUCAGCAGUCAAGCAUGUCGCAGACCUCGAUUAACCUCUCCACCUCUCCUACACCUGCACAGAUAAUAAGCCGUUCACAGACCUCCAACACCACCAGCAGCAGCAUUACCCAACAGACUAUGUUGCUGGGGAGCACCUCUCCAACCCUGAGUGCAAGCCAGGCUCAAAUGUAUCUGCGAGCUCAAAUGCUUAUUUUUACUCCUGCAACCACCGUGGCUGCUGUCCAGUCUGACAUUCCAGUUGUCUCAUCCUCUUCCUCAUCCUCCUGUCAGUCUGCAGCUACUCAGGUUCAGAACUUGACAUUGCGCAGUCAGAAGUUGGGUGUGUUGUCAAGUUCACAGAAUGGCCCACCAAAGAGCAGCGGUCAAACUCAGUCAUUGUCUCUGUGCCCUAAUAAACCUGUCCCCGGUUCCAAGGGCAGCCAACCAGAUCCCUCAGAAAGCAACAGAAAAGGUGAGAGCCCAACUCCAGAGUGUCGGAGUACACCAGUCACACGGACGUCAAGCAUCCAUCACUUAAUAACACCAGCUUCGUAUUCUCCAUUGCAACCUCAUUCUCUAGUAAAACAUCAGCAAAUCCCACUUCAUUCCCCACCUCCAAAGAUAUCUCAUCACCAGCUGAUAUUGCAACAGCAGCAGCAAGUCCAGCCAAUUGCACUUCAGACUCCUUCGGGUCAGGAACCUCCUCCGUCACAGCACUGUCUACCCCUCCCAAGCCAUGGUCUUCCUCCAGGUCCCAGCGGUGUCCAGUCUCAUUGUUCACCUAUUCAUAUUCAUCCCCCACCUCUGACACUGUCUCCUACUUCAUCCCAGUCAGCUCAGCAGUCAGUAGUGGUCUCCCCUCCACCUUCUCACUCUCCUAGUCAAUCGCCCACAAUAAUUAUUCACCCUCAGGCACUUAUUCAGUCACAGGCAAACUCCCUUGUGCCAACAGCUCUUCAACCGGAGCAGACUGCUCCUCAGCAACCCACUGCAAAUCCAGUUCGACCAGUUGCACAGCCACUUAACCUUCCCUCUCAUCUUCCUCUUCCAUCUUCCCCUGCUGUACAUAUAGGGUCAGUAGAUCAGCCCAGUUUAGUUUCCCCAGGGCAACAGAUUGUGUCCUCAACGCCACACCAGCAAUAUUCAGCCUUGCAGUCCACACCUAUCCCUCUUGCAGCUCCUCCUCAGCUGUCAGCAUCUUCAACCCAGGUUCAACAGCUGCCAUUGCAGUCUGUGCAGUCUUUACAAGUGCAGCCUGAAAUUCUGUCCCAGGGCCAGGUUUUGGUUCAAAACACUUUGGUUUCUGAGGAGGAACUUCCUGCUGCAGAAGCUUUGGUCCAGCUGCCAUUUCAAACUCUUCCACCACCACAGACUGUUGCAGUCAACCUUCAGGUGCAGCCAUCAGUACCAAUUGAAACUCCCGUGAUUUACCAAGUGGAGAAUGUAUGUGAAGAAGAGAUGCCUGAGGAAUCAGACUGUGUCCAUAUGGCCAGAACACCUACACCACCCACUUUGUCUCCACCAGCCAUUACGCUGGGGAAUGGAGAGGUGCUGAAUUCAGAAGAUGCUUUGUCAGAAAAUGGGGGACUGCCUUCAGUGACAUCAUCAGUCAGUGCCUCGGUGAUUAAAUCUCCAUCUGAUCCUUCACAUGCCUCUAUUCCACCACCACCUCUUUUGCUUCCAGCAGCAACAACAAGGAGCAACAGCACAUCAAUGCCCAAUAGCAUUCCUAGCCUAGAAAAUAAACCUCCACAGGCUAUUGUUAAACCACAGAUCCUGACCCAUGUUAUUGAAGGCUUUGUGAUUCAGGAGGGGUUAGAGCCAUUCCCUGUAAGUCGUUCAUCUUUGCUGGUAGAACAGCCUGCAGAAAAAAGAUUGCUAGUGGAGGGUCAAAUCAUGAGUGUUGUGUGUGUUGAAUCAGACUUGCAGAAUACAAAACAUGCAGACAACUCAUCGGACACAGAGAUAGAGGAUAUGAUUGCAGAAGAGGGACUGGAUGAAAUUGAAAAUGAUCUUCUGAAGUGUGAAUUUUGUGGGAAAAUGGGAUAUUCUAAUAAGUUUCUGCGGUCGAAAAGAUUCUGCUCCACAUCCUGUGCCAAAAGGCACAGCCUUAGUUGCACUAAGAAAUUUGGGCUGUUUCCAUCAGACAAGACCAGUCGCUGGAAUCGGAAGUCAGAUAGCCAAAGUCUUGGGCGACGCGGGCGUCGGCCGAGCGGCCCUGACGGGGCGUCACGGGAGCAUUUUCUUAGACAGCUUCCAAUUACUUAUCCAUCUGCAGAAGAAGAUGUGGCUUCUCAUGAAGACGCUGUUCCAGCUGCCAUGACCACCCGUCUGCGAAGACAGAGUGAAAGAGAGAGAGAACGUGAACUUAGGGAGCUAAGAAUUAGGAAAAUGCCAGAGAAUAUUGACUUGUUACCUGUGGUGCAAGCUGACCCAUCAGUAUGGACUGUGGAUGAAGUUUGGGCCUUCAUACAUUCUUUGCCUGGUUGUCAAGAUAUUGCAGAUGAAUUUAGAGCACAAGAAAUUGAUGGGCAAGCACUCCUCUUGUUGAAGGAGGAUCACCUUAUGAGUGCAAUGAAUAUUAAGCUUGGACCCGCAUUGAAAAUCUGCGCACGUAUCAAUUCGUUGAAAGAAUCCUAAGGGGUGAACAUGAAGGUUUAAACAAAAGUUUCUCAGUGACAGAACUGACAGUAAUAUGCCAACAUCUUCACUGUGGCAUGACAGUUACUGUGAUGUUUUGUUAUCUAUGUGGGGCUUUCCCCCCAUAAAGACUUUCAAAUGUUACUUUUGAUUAUACCAGGAAGUCCUCUGUAGUUUCCAGCAAUUCAUAGGUUCAUGGUAAAGCCUGAGUAGUACUUUCAGUUGAAGUGAGAGUUUAUGAAAAAACAUGAAGUGAAAUAUGAUAGGUGAUAGGUUAAAUAUUCCCCAACAAGUACUUUGUCUUGUAAGUUUAAUACCCACCCCAAUCAAAAUGCCAUCGUGCUGUAUUUGGAAAGAUUUUUUUCCCACAUACAGCAGUUUUUUGGACUGAAAUAACAGAACUGUCCACAGACCCUGUGGAAGCACUAGUAACAGUCAAAUGCUAUGCAUUUAGUUGUGCUCUCUGAGUUUCUUUUAGUCUUGAGCAGAUUGUUUGUAAGGGGUAGGUUGGCAGCCAGUUUUCCUUGUGUGGGCUUACCUUCAUGUCUUGCCCCUAUAGUAUUUUCUUGAAGUCUGGAAAUACUGUAAACCAUGUCUCAUCAAAAUCCUCAUCAUUGGGCUACUGAAAUGCAAUGGCAUGACACUCUUGCCAGAGGUAACUGAAGCACAAGUUACUUUACUCUUUGUAUGCUGCUAUGCACUAAGAGGGCAUUAAGUUGUUAGGUUUGUAGUUUUGCAUGCUGCUAGUUAAACUAGACCAGCAGUUCUCAAACAGGGCUUCAGAGUGGAUCCUGAGAAGGUGUGAGAACACUCAGGUCUCAGGUUCCCAAAGGCUUAGGUGAGGGGCUGAAAACUGCAGCCAGAACUAGCUCAUGUUGAGACAAGUGUACUUUAAAGACUGGAGGUAGAGAAGGAACACCAUAGCUCAGAUGCUCUUUUUCUUGAUACCUCUUCUACCCUAUCUUUCCCUGUAGUGCUUUCCCAUUGCCUCAGUGGAAGCUUCCAAGCACCUUUUAUUUGUCCACUAGCUAGGUUGAGAUGGGCCUGCAGCAGUCUGAGGAAGGAGCACAGUAAGUUGCUCGAAGAAGUCCUUUCAGAGCUUGGUGUAGGCACAGCUGCUGCUGCAGUGAGGGAGCCUGGAACUGCACGUCAGCAGUGGUGACGACUCUGGGAGAAAUCUCUCGCGGCCCUGCUUUGUCCCUCUGGCAGGAGAAUGUUAGUGUCUCCCUCCAUCUUCCCUCUCACUCCUCUGUGGAACAAACAAGUGUUUCCCCAGAAGCCGCUUGGGCUCUGAGGCAGUAGCGUUGUCUCGGCCUUUGCUUCCCUCCCCAUCACAUGUGUACGGGUGUUCCUGAUGUGCUUUGUACUUUCUGUACCGUCCCUUUUGCGGCUCCAUUCCCCAUAUGUACAGACCUAGAUCCCUAAGCCAUUGUUUAGGGAAAGAAAGGCAUAUGUGCUGAUAGAGUCAUUGUGUAUAUUUGAACUAAAUAUGUGUGUGUAUGUGUGUGCAAACAAUGUAUUUUGUAUUUUAUGCAAAUCAAUGCAUAAUAUAUGAUUGUGUAGAGAGAUAUUCAGGGGGGACUGCAAAGUAUUCCUGAACAGAACUGAUCUAAAGUUUGAGAACUGCUGACCUAGAUCAAAAGGAGUCAAUGCACACACACUGAAAGGAAGGCUUAUGACAGAUAGAUUAGUAAGUAUAUUAUUUAGCUAAUGACCUUAAAGAGUAAAUCGAGGUGACAGGAAAAUCUGUGCUUCAUUUGCCUUUAAUUAGACUAUUGCUUUGUACUAACAGACUUUCUACCGUUAUCUUGAAGGUCAACAUUAGAAUCAUUGUUUUUAAUUACAACUUUUGAGCUUAUUAAUAGCAGAUGUAAUUAAUAUUUUUAUGAACCACUGAAGCUCCAAGUUAGGCUGACCCCUUGCUGUUACGUGCUAGUGUGUGGUGAAAGCCCUUAUCCAAACGGCACCAAAGGCUUUAGAGAACUCAUUCGUGUCUGGGUUUGUUUUGGAGGGAGGUCGCUAAGCACUUUCUAAUUUGUUUUUUCUGUCCUCAGUUAUUGUCGUAACAUAAACUCCUUAGUUGAAGGUUCAACAUUUGGCAACGUUCAUUUGAAAGAUAUUCAAAUGACAGAGACAGUAGGAUCCCAUUUGUAGCAUUUUCUGUAAGAUACACCGUGUAGCAUAUCUGUAACAUACGUUCUAAAGGACACAGUCUGUUUUGAUGAGCUAAUUGAAGACUAAAGAUAUCUUAGAUAUUUAUCCUUUGGCUUUUGUCUUAAAGUUCUAUUAUUUUUAUACAAAAAUUUCACUGGCUAAUUUUUAAUCUGCCUUCUGAUUGUACUGUUCUUUGGCAAUGUAAAAAAUAGGUAUAUGUAGAUGGGAUUUGAUAAUGGCUUAAGACAUAUUUGAAAACUGUGGACUUAGGAGUCUUACUUAGACCUGCAGUUAGUCACAGUGUUGUUACAUGCAUGAGAAUUUCAUGACUGUUUUAAUUUUGCUUUACUAGACAGCUUUCAGGAGACCUUCUACAGUUAGUGUUUAUAUACACUUCUCAGACGUAAUCACUGAUGGACACCAGGAGCUCAGAGCAGACCUGAUGAGUGCACAUCUGCUGUGCUUCUUCUGAUACACUACCUUUUCUGUGGUUUUGGGAGAGCUACAGGUAGUGAUUUAUGCUUUAAAGAUUCGUGAAUGCAGCAGCUAAGAAUGUGGCCCUUAUGCACAUUGAAAGUGUUUUUUUCUCCUUCCCUGGUUUUGGCAAUAAGCAGACACAGCUAUACUAACCUAUAUUGAUAGAAAGGCCCGGGUAUUGGAGUGUGUGCCAGCAAAGCUGUGUCAAUAAAAUCAGUUCAAAAAAAUCCAAACAAACCAGACCUGCAUGUGAAAGUAGGCUGGGAAACUUAGAACUGCAAUUGGAGUCCACUUCAGAAGCUUUUGAAUUAGCUCAAAAAAGCCAUAUAAUACCUGGGAGCACUAUUCCUCCAGAACCAUUUUGCAGAGCAUUCACUUGUUUCUCUUCAGGUCAGUGAGGUUUUCCCAGGCUUAUACUGCCAUCUCCCACAGCUUUCCCCACUAACCAAGCUAGACCCUUUUGCAGAAGAGGAAGUAUUGCAGAUUUUAAUUGUCUCUUUUUUAACACUUGUUGCCACUGGAUGUGUUCACAAGCAAUCCUUGCCUGGGGUUUUGUUCUGUGCACUCAGACUGCUGUUGUUGUGAGCUGCCUCUCACAGUAACCCCUGCAAUAUUUCAGUUCCUAUAGAAAGGAAUACAGGAUGCCCUGGGAUCUUAGCUCAAAAGGGAGAUAUGUUGCAUGGCUUUUCCCCUUUUUCUCCCCUGCUCUCCAUCCUGCUGCUUAAUGCAAACUGUAGCAUCAGCUCAGGGCAAAACCCUUCUGCUGUCAAGAUUUCUUCCAAUAGAAUUCUAACUGUUAACACUCAGCUUCAGAGUUAAUUUGGAGUUUUAAAGUAAAGCACCUGAAUGGUCAAAAUGGGAUACGCAGACUCCUCUGCUUAGUCUGGCUCACAUCACACAGCAGCCAUGCAUUGCAGCAGAAACAGAGAACUCAGCCACCUCCACUGAAGUGCUCCAGUAGCUCUAGGCUGCUCCUUGUUCAAAACCAGGCAUUGCUGAAGAACUGAUAAUUUCUCCCAGCCAACCCAUAUUGCCUCAUGUUUGGCACAUUCCUAAGACUUUAAACACUUUGCUUCUAAAGAGAAUAAAAAUUAACCAUCUUAGCCAGUUAAACUGCCAGUUGUCUUGGAUGACCAGGGCAUUUUUGAAGGGUUGUAAAAGGCUGCAUUGUAAAUCCAUUCUUCAGCCAUUAAUCCAUCGUUACUUUUCCAGAAAUGAAGUUCUUGAUGGAGGGUAAAACCUUUGCUAGAUUUGUCAAUGAGCUAUCUCAAAUAGAAGGUUUAUAUCCUGCAAACAUCCAUUUCCUCAUUACUUUUCUGUGAAAGCAGUUUGGGGGUUUUUCCCCUAACUUUUUUGUUUUUAACAAAUCACAAGUGGAAAUCCAGCCUUUUUGGAUAGAACAGAUGGAGUCCAUUGUAACUGCAGAUGUGGCAGCAAGAGGAAAGGAAUGGGAUAAACCCAGACAUUUGAGCAGGUCUAUGAUUGGUUCUGUAUCUCUUCUUUAUCCCAACAUUGGCUGUAAGGAAAUGCUCAGCUCUAAAGCCAUUUUUUAACUGUAUUUUGAAUAGAAGUUUGUGGUGAGACUUUACUGGGGGCAGUGUGUCGCUGCCUGGCAGCCAGUUACAACUGAGGCCUAUUUCAGAUGACUCUUUCUUGUUUUAAUAUUGCAAUAUCAAUGCAGAAACAUACAGCUGAGUUGCUUAAGAAAUUUCUUAACACAGUGGCAAAUGUAUUGCUCUAAAUUAUCAAAGGACUCAGUGGCAGCUCUAUUGUGAGCCCUGGUUUUGCCAAUAAUUAUCCAUAUAAUUUACAACAUGAGUAGUUCUGAAUGUAUUGAGACUAUUCAUAUGAAAAUCAAGCAUGUAUGUAAAAGCUUGCAGGGUUAUUUUCUUACCAGUAUUGCAGAGAGAUGUCCUGUUACUAUGUAUUUAGAUACAUAGUUGUCACUCAUUAACCAGACUUUUACUCAUCAGUUGUGUUAGGCUUUAGAAAAUUACUCUGCAAAAGAACAAAGCUAGGAUACUUUUGUUUUUUUACAUUCACCCAAAUUAGUUUAUUAGAGAUGGAGAGAAACCAGCUAAUUUCAAUUGAAGGUGUUAAUUGCUCCUGGUGAAUUUAUUUUUAAGUCAUUCUUGCACAGUGAGCUGUAGUUUCAGAUGGGAAAUACUGUGAGGAGAAAGAAAUAUAAACUCAUGAAAUGCUUAUUUAAUUUAAGCUACACCUAAAUUAAGUUCAUUUUAAAGGAAUUUACCUUUAGUCAUGAGAAUUUCUUCAGACCCUGUCAGUUCUGUGUAGUUCCAUCCAGUGGAUGGCUUUGCAGGUAGUGACAAAGAGAUGGUAAUUGGUACAGGUAAGUGCCUGUAGAUGCUAUGUCUGCUUUUUUUCAGAGAGCUGUCCCUCAUGUAGUGAGAGCUGAGGGACAGCCUGUGCCUGCAGCUGGAGCCUGGGACACCAGCUGAGUGCCAAAGCAGCUAGCACACACUGCCCUGACCCACGGGAGUUGGGCUCAUUUAUUUGACCAUCCUCCUACCUUCAGAGGAGCUCCACCACCUGCCAUUUCCUUAUCCCUAUAGGUUUCUAAAUGUGCUUUUAGCCCUGUUGGGUGUCACCUGUGUUGGCUGAAGCAUUUUGUGUCCUAGUUGUCUGCUGGGUCUCAUGGUUGGCACUUCAACCUGUAUUCAAGGCCCCCAUCCUAGGCUGCUGUGGAGGUUUGUGCAACCUCUGUGUUAAAACUCAGACACACCUGCACACUCACUUCAAGGUUGUGUGCAUUGUUUACUUCUACUGAAGUGGAGGAAACAAAAUUCAGAUAUACGAAUAUUCUUGUAAUUGAAGGUAUGUGGUAAACUUAUAGACCAGCUUUUGUAACCAUGGGUCUGACUUUCCCAAAGCACACUUCUAGGAGUCAAGUGUUAGGAAUCAUGGAUUUCAAGUUUAAAAAUUCAACUUCCAGUGUGUAUCAGCUUCCUGCUGGAUUAUCCAGAAUGACUGUGUACAGCAAGGAGCUAGAAAAGGGAGAUGUAUCGAGAUUUUUUCCACCUAGGAGUGUUUGUAAUUUGAGCACAAUUGUACAUUCAUAGAAUAGUGAUGAUGAGUAUCAUCUAAGUGCAAUACAUGAGACUUAUGGAGCGGUUUAAUUGUGUGCUAGAAGCACUAUGUUGUUACGUAUGGUUGUUCACUCAGUACUGUUCACAGGUACUGAAGCAGGGUAUCCUUGCUGAUGGUGGAUUAGGCCAGAGCACAAAUAUCACUGAUUCAUGAGGCAUAGCUGCUUUGUGGGUGAAGCCUGGUCAUCCUUUGUAAGACUGGUGCUGCCCUCCCCUCCCUGGCCACGGUGCUGGCAGCCAGGCUGUUGCCAUCCUCUGGUGGCUUUUUGCAAAGUCCAUGUUUGAAAGCAAUGAGAUAUUCUGCAUACUCAGCUUCUUUUUUAAGUAGGCUUUGUGUUAGUGUUAGCAAACUGGUAUUGAUCAGGAAAGAUGUGUGUAAAGAAUGAAGGAUUUUACUAAGCAGUGCCAAAUACUUCUGUUUAGAGUUGAAAAUCUUAUUAAAUUGAUAUAUUGAUGUUUAAGGGAUUCUUUAUAUGAGGGAAGGAUGGAACUUUCUCAUGAAGGGUUAAUACUUUAGCUGCUGUUACCAUUAAUAUCAAAUAAUCCUAUAAGAAUUAAAGACUUUAAAGUAUUUGAAUGGUAUAAGGCCAUUAGUUGCUGGCACAGCACAAGAAGUAAUGCACAGAGGAGAUGCAGCAGUGGUUGGCUGUAGUUGUUUCAGAUACUACCACCUUCCUAGCACAGCUUGUCUCCUUCCGCUGGCAGUGAAACUGUAAUCCUCCAGAGUAAUGAUUUAGGGUUGUUUAUCUGGACUCGAGGUUCAGCAUUAGGACUUCCCAAAAGCACCAGAGAAAAGGAGAUGCAUCAAGGCAAAGACUGAGUUGUCAGGAGAGUAAUGGGAUGAAGAUUGCACAACUGGUGUCUGCCUCCAUGAAAAGUCAAGGAUAGAAGUGAGAUUACCGAGAGAACUACUGUCCAUGUGUCUUAAACCAGACCCUUAGCAGGCCCAGGUGCCACAGCUGGGUGCUGUGUGAAGACCUGUGGUGCCACUGUCACCAACUUAGUGGGGGCAGCUACAGCCUGAAGGUUGAUGCUCCUCAGCACUUUCCCCCAAAAACCAUGUAGGAAGGAAUUUAAUAGAAGGCAGUGAUGUAGCACCAGUACAUUAAUAUUUGCUCUGGCUGCAUGUUGCAGCUUCCUGUAAAAAGUUAGUAAAAAAAAACCUUCUUAAAAUGGCUUUAGAAGCACUGCAGCACCCAGGGGAAUUCUGCCAGAUGAGGGCAGAUGCAGUGGAGUAAACUCAAAUGAUGGGUUCAAAAGCUGAAGCACACUGAUAAAUAUGCUGCAGCUUUACCCCACUUCUUGCAGUUCCAGUUCUGUGUAUGUUAAUGAAUCAGGAGGGUGAGACUAACCACACAAAACAGAAGCAUCUGAAAGGUAUGUGCUUGAAAAUAACACUGCCUGUCUCUGGUGUUAAAUGAAUUCUCAACCAGGAAUUUUCCCCUGCCUCCCGACUCUGGAGGGAUUAGUUAUUACAUGAUCUUCUGGAAUGCCUGGUGCAUUGCUCUAUUUGAGAUAUUUGCUGUUUUUUAACUGGAAUUAGGUUUUGUAAGUAUUUUGUCAACUCCAUUUCAGUGGGUGGCCAGUUUAUAUAAACCCUGAAGAAAUGCUGUUGUCAAAAAAAACUCCCUGCAUUUGGACGUGGUUUACCCUGUAGCAUCUCGAGUGCUGAUUAACAGCAGUGACAAUUUGAGAGCGGAGGAGUGAUGCUUAAGGUAGUUUUCCAAGUUAACGUUGUGUGUCCUUUCCUACUCUUUCACAUGGAAAUAGAAUUUCCUCCAAAUACAUUUUCCAGCACAAAGGAUAAUCUGUGGUGCCAAAUGCUAAGCAUUGCCUCCUCUUAUUGCACUAGUUUUAAAAUUCAGUUUUUGAUCAUUUAUUGUCCUUUUCACAGCCUUUUUUUUCCCCUCAAAACCAUUUUCUACUGCUUAAAAAUGCCCUGAUUACAUCACUGAGACCUCCAAGAAAUAUACCACAGCCCGUGGGUGAAGGAAGCACUGUGUGAGGUGGAGUAAUAAAUCAGAAUGAUAAUUGGACUGUAAUACAUUGCAGAAAUGUAGGAUUAAUGUACGAUCGAGGUGUGAUGAUGUAUUCUUAUGGAGUGAUAUACAGGAAUAUUCUUUUAUGAGAAACGUUAGCCCAUGUAGCAUUAAAUUCUGCAAUUAAAUGUCUAUAAUUGAUACAUAAUAAUGUAAAUGAUAACCCAAAAUGAGAUUUUCCAGUUGAAGAGCACACAGUGAACUGUGUACAAAACACAGUCUUCACUUGCUGAAACAGUUUUUUUAAAAAGCACUUUCUUAUUACCACCUAGCAUGUGAAAGAGGUUUAGAUUCUCUCAUUUCUUAGGCUCUGUAGAAGUGACGUUUCUUUAAUCUGUCUGUUACUGGGUAAAUUCAUCAUACAAAUGCUGAAACAAAGCACCUUAUACUAUGCUGCUUAAACUUGCUUGUAAUUGCACCUUUUGUUAUAGGCAGAUUUUUCUUAAUGAGUAUUCUGGUGUGAAUCCUUGUUCACCUGUGGGUCUGGGUGAAUGAUUAACCAACCUGCAGCAUCAUUGACUUACAUAGUUUCUGUUUCAAUACAUUGUGUUGUGAGCUCAGUGCUUCAGAAAUAAAUGCUACUUCCAUU